AUGAAAAUUCGAUUAAAAAAAUCAACGCAAGAACCACUUUCUUCAAUACAAUUAACAGUAGCACUACAACAAGCAACACAUCGUGCAUCGGGAUAUUCUAAAUAUGAACAUUGGCUCAAUUCGGAAAUUCCAUUUAUUAAUCUUAAUAAUAAAGAAGGUGAUAUCUAUACAAUUCGACCGGUAGUAGUUUGUAAUAAGGGACCAACCAUGCGUAUUUCAAGUUAUUUGAGUAAUUUACUUUGGUCUCUCUUUCAUCAACUAACAGGUUGUCGAACAUUUCGCAAUGGUAUUGAUGUUAUUGAAAAUUUCGAAUUUCAAGAUAAUCUAUUUCUUACAUGGAAUAGAUCAGAAGAUCAACUUCAUUUCUUAUUUGGAAAACCUAUCAUUGUCGAUCAACAUUCUCGAUCGAGUCAAAUAAAACUAUUCAUUGGAACAUCUUUUCAUUUUCUUGAUAUGGAAAUAUCUCAUGAUCAAGGUCAUCUUCAUACACGAAUUUAUCAUGAUCCUGUCGUGGAUCAAUACCAAUUACCGAAUCAAUUUCAAGCGGAAAGAUCAUCAUGUUUACCAUCUCGAUUAUUACAAUCUAUGUUAAUGUAUGCUGUACGAUGUUGUUCCAAUGAACAGAAUUUCGAUUACGAACGACUUUAUCUCAAACUUGUCUAUCUUUUAUAUGGUUUCUCAGAAAAUUUUUUUAAUAAUUGUAUUGAACAAUUUUAUAAGCAAUUUUAUGCUUGUGAAGUCAAUUAUCUUGUUGAUAGAGUUCCAUAUGAAACUUUACGUCGACGGGUGAAGAAACGUUAUUAA